AUGGCGGCCCUCGCGGCCCUCGGAGCUGCUGACGGUGGCCAUGUCCUCUCGAACGCUGUCGUCACCGAGGGCGACCUCAUCGCUGUCAGGUACCAGGCCCGUGGGGCCCCGCUGUGGCAUGAGCGCCUGGUUCUGCUGCUCCUGCCGAACCACUCGUUCACUGGGGUCACGCCGGACGGGGACUGCUAUGAGGAGGACCUGCUGCCGGGCGGGGACGUCGACGCCUUGACGCCGCUGGCCAACGGCGUCUCUGGAGGGGGGUCCCCCGCCAUCGGCGGCCAGAGGGUCUACGGCUUCCGCGCGCUGCCGCUCUUGCACCAGCUCGUUGCAGACAGGGCGGCCGCUGCCUCCAGGCUGAACGUCGUGCCCUCACCUGUCUUCGCGGUGAACGUGGGUAGGAGAGGUUGUGCUGAGAAUGCGAGAAGACCCGUGGCCCGAUCGGCCUGUCUCGGGCCCACGCACAGCUCUUUGGUGCUGCCGUUUUAUUUCCCAGAACGCGCCCACCCCCAUGGGCCGUCAUGUCCGCUGGCGUCAGGAGGCGGGCCUGAUUGA